AUGCCCAUUAAAUCGUUAGAAUCCUACUUGUUCGAGCGCAAGCUUGUAAGUACAAGCUCAAUCCAGAUUCUUCAGAAUGCGACCAUUGGUAUUGAUGUCGAACAUUACUUGAGCAGAAUCUACACCUACAAGAAGGAACAGUUUUUGUUUAGCGUCGGUGGGGUGCCAUCCUCAUUGAAAAGCUAUAUCGAAUCUGACUUGAAAGUGUUCAAAGAAUUCAAUAUCCGUCCACUUUUUGUGUUUCCUGGAUUACACAUUUGCUCGCAGCAACAAGUCCCUGGUACAAAUGAGUUGACACCUCAAGAACAACACUUGGAGUCCACCUGGACAAAAUUGUACUCCAAACAUUCGAACCCAAACAACACAAGUUAUGUUUACUUGAACGAAUCAUUUCGCUUGCCUGUUGACCCAUUGCCUAUCCGUACAAUGAUGAAUGACUUGAUCAAGUAUCUCAUUGCCAAUGGUAUUGACUACAUUAUUAGUCCGUACAAUGCUUCUUUCCAAUUAUCCUACUUGCAUCAGGCAGGAAUCAUUGAUUCCAUUUACGGGUCUACAGAUAUUCUUCUUACCAACGCCGACAAGUUCAUUUUGGGAAUGGAGUUUCAAUCCAAAGAUUUUAGGUUUGUUGAUAAGCGGAAAGUUUUGUCUGAGUUAGACUUGUCCGAAAGGCAAUUCUGUGAUUUGAGCAUUAUGGUUGGAUGUUCUGUGCAGCCUGAAACUUUUUCCAAUUUGCCUCCAUUGCCAAAACCUAAUCCAAUGUCGCCUUACCAACAACUUAGCUAUUUCCGCAUUGCCUUGGAUAUUUUUUACCAGUACAACACCUUUUGCAAUGGGACCGCGACCGAUAUUUAUGGCUAUCUCUCUGGCUUACAUGAUGAAUCCUUGUUGGAAUUAUAUUUCGCCGGUCAUGCUGCUCUUAAGUACAUGCCUGUAAUCAAUACUGAUGGUCAAAUCAGUUUGUACUUCACAGAAAUGGCAAAGUUUGGCUUCGUUGACGAAGCUGAUGUGCUUAAAAAUGAAGAGGAAAAAGAGACUGGUGCUCAAAAACAAGAUACAGAGCACAAAUCCUCCACGAAAGCUAAGGUCGUACCUCCACUUAAAGUCCCUACUGAGAUCCACAAUGUUGUUUCUCAAAGACUUCCUCCUGAAAUCUACUUCUAUCAAUCUCUCGGGUUAUUACCUGUGAAAUUGUUGGAAGCAAUAACUCUGGGUCGUUAUAUUGUGCGCCCUCCCCUUGAAAUGGGUCUAGGCGAUGGUUAUAAGAAGCUUAUUACGUCACCUUUAGCUGAAAACACCCUUGAUUAUCAAUUUAAUCUUAUCACCCAGUCUUUGGCUAGGUACUAUCAAGUUAAGAAGAUAGAUGUUAAGUAUUGGUUUAGAGAAGAACCAUUGCAACUCAACAAUAGAUUGACUCCACCUAUGUUCAUGAGGUUGAACCAUUUGGUCUUGAAGAAUGAUGACAUCAAGGAGUUUUCUUUAAAAUCCUUUUUUUCAAUUCUUCCAACUAAAUUUGAUCCUUCUUCAAAACCUGAUACUCGCGAACUUAAAACUAAAGACUUGGUAUCAUCAGCAUUUUUGAGAGCUUUGUUUGUGUUGGGUGCAAUCAACAACACCUCUAAUGAGAUAAAUAGCGUUCCUGAGAUUCUCAAAAAGUUUGUGAAUGUUGAACCAGACGUCUCAAGUGCUGUUCUUCAAGAAUUGACUUUACUUUUGAUGCUUCUUAACACUGGCAGCCUCAAGUUGUGUUCCUAUGAUAGAAGCUACCCUGGUGUUCUCAAGAGCUUCAAAUUUGCUGCUCCUGACCUUGAACUUUCUUCGGAAGAAAACGAACAAGUUGCUUUGAUCUCCCGCAUAUUUUCUUUGCACAAGCUCAACAUUCAUCCGAUUAAUUACCAGGGGCCAAUCUCAAGAAGUUUGCUCAACUUCCGUAGUCAUAUUGUCUUUAUUCAGAAUUUGUUGGCCACGUCCACUCAAACAUGCUUGGUUGACAUGAUUGUGAGACAAGAUGCCUUGAAACUUAGUUUCGACCUGAGAAAAGACUGGUAUGAAUUGGUUGAUCAACUUCCAUUUUACAUGGAACCUAACAAUACUUUACUUGGUGUGGUGGGGGAGAUUUUCUUUGACCACUGUAUUAAGCUGGCCAAAGCUGGCGAAUCCCCCGCCAAUGCAAAGAAGAAGUCAAAUGACUAUUUGUUAGACCAGGUGUUUCAAGUGGGUAACCCAUCGUUCAAUAUUAAUUUGAAUAGCUCCAAUAGUGUCACCCCACAUCAACUCCAAAGUGACUUCCAAGAAGGGUUGAAGCUCUGGAGGAGCUUUGUUCAAAUUUCACAGAUCGCUCACGAUGUGGAUCCAAAACUCUUUUCAAAGAAUGACUUAGAUUUCAUUGAAAAGACAAAUGCACUUGUCGCACGCUUUACUUAA